UGAUCCAGAGAUUUACUUCCAGAAAUUCUAUUAUUAUUCACUUCAAUUUCCAUUCUGGUAGUAAUGUACGACUUGAUACGGUUAGUAUUGUAUGUUUAACUCUGUUAAAAUUGUUUGUGUUUGGAAUAUACAAAAUAGGAAUGACAUUACUCGAAAAACUGCACAAUCUGGGCAACCCACGUAGAAAUUUGAACUACCUGUCCUAUUUAUGUAGAAGUAUCGAGACUCGUAGUACAACUAUUCUCACAGGCUUCCUGAUUAUAUUCGUGAUUACCACCAUAACUGAGAUGAUACUUCUUGUGGGAGACGGAGAGCAUGCGUCAGUUGCACACUUGAACUUGUCUCCGAGAUCUGACACAUUCUCGGCAACAUCGUUACAUUCAAAGGCAACAUUACAACCACCCAGAUUGAAACCCACAAGUGGGUCUUGGCAGAAAGUAUGGGGAACACGUGAAAAGUUUUUCGUUUUCUCCGCUUACUACGAAGCAAGAGAAGCGGAAAAGAAAUUGAGAAUUAUUGCUGUUGCAAAACUUGACAACACAGACGAUGUUUGGUGCCGAAUGUGGUCUGUCAGUGGCUCUCAUGUGGCCACUGAAAGGGCUCAAUUGCAGGCCAUAAGAGAACACUGGAAUCUAACGUACAGUGCGUUUUAUGUGUUUUGUCCUUUGAAUGGAAUCGAAACUGUGCCUCACUCUGUAUCCUUAGUGAAUAAUCCGUACCGCCUCAUACCUUGCACCAAUCGGCUUUUUGUACAUAAUAAUUUGAAGAAAGGAAACAAUAAGCCCAACGACAUAACGAUGGCAAUCUGUGUCAAGCCACUGCAUCACUACUAUGAUAACACAAUGGUGUUGCUGCAGUUCCUCGAAUACUACCAGCUGCUAGGCGUGAGUCACGUGUUGCUGUACAAUGACACCAGCAGUGCUGCGACCUCGUGCCUGUUGAAGGACUACGAGCGACGGGGUGUGGUGAGUGUGCUGCCCUGGCAGAGGCUGGAUGUCGGGUCGCAGACGGAGAUUCGCACCGGAGGCAUGUUGGCUGCACUCAACGACUGUCUGCACCGCACCACACAUCGAUUCACACACGUCGCCAUGUUGGAUUUCGACGAGUUGAUUGUUCCCCGGCACCAUCAUACACUGCAGGAUUUGUUAAGAUGGAUUGAUCCGUCUCCUGAAAAGAGCAAAAUCGGCUCCUACGUAAUACAAAACGCAUUCUUCUACCUGCAAUGGCCAGACGGAGUGAAAGGGAUAUCUUCGAGAAAAGACUGCUGGCCUUAUCGAAAACACGUCGCUUGAUCGAGUUGCAUCCACACCAUAAUCGCUCGAAAUUCAUUUUGAAGCCGGAAUUCACUUUGGAAGUUGGCAAUCAUUUUGUCUAUGAACAUGUGCGGGAAUACGGUGAAAUGAAUGUUACUGAAAAGGAAGCUAUCAUGCACCAUUACAGAGUAUGUGAGUUUGGGAGUGAUGAUUGUGUAGAACAGGCCUCAAUCACUGACACAACCGUCUACCGAUAUCGUACACCGUUGAAAAACAAUGUGAAAAAGAGAUGGAAUGAACUGAAAAGAAAGUGCCCACUUCCUGAUUUGUAUAAAUUGAGUGAUUUAUUAUGAGAUACUGCUGAACGUUCUCCAGAAAUCUUAGCAUAAAAAGUUAAAAGUACCAGACAUCUUAGCACAAAAAGUUAGAAGUAUAGAGUCAGUUGACACACUGUUCUGUUGUUAACUUGAUAUUCAUUAUUUUAUCGAAUAACAAUGACACACUAUCACGAACAACCAUCAAACAUAGCCUCAAACUUAACUGUGGUAAACACACCUAAAAAGCUGUGGUUUGGUUUGUAACAACAGCUGACCUUAAAAAUUAGCGUCAACUGACUUAUGGGCCACUCUGUAUUUAAGGUAGACUACUGUAGACCCAAUAUCCAUGAAACAUCAUCAAAUAAUAUUAUUGAAGCUGGAUUCACACAUAUCUGUGACCGGCACAGUGAGAAUA